AUGUGGAUCUCUGGUGCGCUUUACAGUGAGCAACAACUGUCUCAGUGGUCCCACCCUCAAAAGCUUGAAAAUUUGCAGAAACUUAACCAGAACUCUGUUCGGGGAAACCAACUCACUGGAAAUAUAUCUGAGGUAGUUGGUGACCGUCCAAACCUGGAAUACAUCGAUUUGAGCUACAACAGUUUUCAUGAAGAACUCUCUCAUAACCGGGGAAGCCUUGAUCAUCUCGACUUAUCAGCAAACCGAUUAAAUGGGUCAAUACCAGCAAACUUGGGUGACUGCUCGAACUUGUAUUACUUGAACCUGAGCAAUAACAGGCUUAGCCACAGAAUUCCUGAGAAAUUCAUUCCAAAGGCUUUUGAGGAUACGCGUGGCUUGUCGGAUGUUGAGAUAUCUUCCAAUCAGUUGCAGGGUCCCAUUCCCAACAGCAAAGCAUUUCGAGAUGCUACCAUUGAGGUGUUAAAGGUGAACAAUGGCUUGUGCGGCAAUGUUAAAGGGUUGCAACCCUGCAAAAAGGGUUCUGGAGUAGGCCAACCAGCUGUCAAAAAGGGCCACAAAAUUGUGUUUAUAAUCAUAUUCCCUCUUUUGGGAGCACUUCUACUUCUUCUUGCUUUCAUUGGAAUUUUCUUGGUUGCUGAAAGAAGAGAGAGAACUCCAGAAAUCGAAGAAGUUGAUGUACAGAAUGAUCUCUCUUCCAUAUCAACUUUUGACGGAAGAACAAUGUAUGGAGAGAAUAUAAAGGCCACCAAGGAUUUUGAUCCCAUGUAUUGCAUCGGAAAGGGAGGGCAUGGAAGCAUUUACAAGGCAGAGCUGCCGUCAGGUAAUAUAGUAGCUGUGAAGAAGCUUCACCCAUCCGAUAUAGAUAUGGCAAAUCAAAGGGAUUUCUUGAAGGAAGUAAGGGCGCCCACAGAAAUCAAGCAUCGAAACAUUGUGAAACUUCUUGGUUUCUGUUCACAUCCACGACACUCGUUUCUGGUCUACGAGUACCUUGAAAGAGGUAGCCAGGCUACAAUCUUGAGCAGGGAAGCAGUUAAGAAAUUGGUUUGGGCUACAAGGAUCAAUAUCAUUAAAGGAAUGGCUCACGCUUUGUCUUACAUGCACCAUGAUUGCUUACCCUUAAUUGUUCAUCGGCAUAACUCAAGCAGCAAUAUUCUACUGGAUUCUCAACAUGAGCCUCAUAUUUCUGACUUCGGCACUGCCAAGCUUCUAAAGCUAGACUCAUCAAAUCAGAACGCACUUGCAGGCACAUUUAGAUACGUUGCACCAGGUAUUUGUUCACUCCUCAAUUAA